CAGUGGGCGUUAAUACGAGUCCAAUGGAGUUUCCCAUCUCCUUUAAAAAGUAUCUAUGUGACGGCUAGUCAAUACCUAGCUAGCUUGGCUACUUGUGUCUCAGUCAGUGUUGGGAAUGCAGCCACCACUCCCACCGGAUGCAGUCAGAGAGCUGGUGUGUUCCUGUCUUCACAGGGACCCAGUAGCCGCUGAUCUGAGAUGCAGCCUGUUUGUGGCAGCUGCUCAGAACUACAAGCGGGACUCAGUUCUCAGACCCUAUCCCCCCAGAUACAUCAGAGACCGAGACACCAAGGAGUUUGAUGAGCUGCUGUCAGAUGUCAGCAGUUUGCCUGGUGUGAGGGAGCUGGUGAGACUGAGACCUGGUGAAGCUGACCAUCAUCUGGCCCUCACACACUGGGUUCUCUCCUCCAAGAGCUUUGCUGUGAAAACACUACAGAAAGACGAGUAUGCCAAGCUGUGUAACCUGACGGAGAGUGAGGGGAUCUCCACCCCUGUUCCAGACUUCCUGUUUGAGCUGGAGUACUGCGACCAGAUGAACGCCAAGUUUGAGAAGACACGGGCGGGACGCGACCUCUUCUAUGCAUUCCACGGCAGCCGACUGGAGAACUUCCAUUCUAUCAUCCACAACGGACUACACUGCCACCUCAACAAGACGUCGUUGUUCGGAGAGGGCACCUACCUCACCAGUGACCUCAGCAUGGCGGUCCUCUACAGUCCCCAUGGCAACGGUUGGCGUGACAGUCUCCUGGGACCGUUGCUAAGCUGUGUCGCCGUGUGUGAGGUCAUCGACCACCCAGACGUUAAGUGCCAGGUGAAGAGGAAAGACUCGGAGACCAUUGACCGUCAGCGCUCCAGAGCCAGGAACAGUGAAGGAGGAGAGGUCCCUCAGAAGUACUUUGUGGUCACCAACAAUCAGCUGCUCCGAGUCAAAUACCUGCUAGUGUACUCUCAGAGAAGACACCUGUCCAGACAUUCCCGGGGCAGGUCAUGGCUGGUCAGACAUCACUUUGCCAUUAUGAUGAGUCUCUAUCUGCUGCUACUCAUCUUCAUCGGUGCCUUCAACUCCACCACAUUCCUCUCCUUCUGGAACAGGCUUUUCCGGUGACGUCACAAUCGCAGGACCACACUCUUCUGGUGACGUCACAAUGAAAUCACCGGACCUCACUAAUCACAGGACAUGGUCUUCCGUUGCUAUCACACGAGUCUCUGGUGAUUUCCUACUGCAGCCCCGGUUGGUCCAGCCUGAGGCUCUCUAUAGGCUUAUACCCCAGUGUUUCCUGGGGGAAUUGUUUCUCUUUUCCAUCCUUAGGGCUGACAUUAAUUAAGGACUUGGGAAGAGCAGUGUGUCCAGUUCAACAUCUCUGAAUAUUCAAACCGUUUCUUAUGAGAAGGAAUAGUUCAUAUAUACAUGGACCAUUCUUGUCAUUCAUAGUGCCUUCCAUAACACAGAGAGAGACAGAGACAAUCAGACAGAUGGGCAAAUAGGACAUCCAUAUUAUACACUAUUUCCCUUUAAUCUCUUUCCUGUCUUCCACCUCUUUGUAUGUACAGUAUACAUGGUUAUUACCACUAGAGGUCGACCGAUUAAUCGGAAUGGCCGAUUUUGUUUGAAUUAUUAUUAUUUUUUUACACCUUUUAUUUAACUAGGCAAGUCAGUUAAGAACACAUUCUUAUUUUCACCGACGGCCUAGGAACAGUGGGUUAACUGCCUCGUUCAGGGGCAGAAUGACAGAUUUUCACCUUGUCAGCUCGGGGGAUCCAUUCUUGCAAACUUACAGUUAACUAGUCCAACAUAACGACCUGCCUCUUGUUGCACUCCACGAGCAGCCUGCCUUUUACAAGAAUGCAGUAAGGCAAGGUAAGUUGCUAGCUACCAUUAAACUUAUCUUAUAAAAAUCAAUCAAUCAUUCAUAAUCACUAGUGUACUACACAUGGUUGAUAUUACUAGAUAUUAUCUAGCGUGUCCUGCGUUGCGUAUAAUCUGACUGAGCAUACAAGUAUCUACAUAGCUGACUGAGAGGUGGUAGGCAGAAGCAGGUUCGUAAACAUUAAUUCAAACAGCACUUCCGUGCGUUUUGCCAGCAAGCUCUUCGUUGUGAGUCAAGCAUUGCGCUGUUUAUGACUUCAAACCUAUCAACUCCCGGGACGAGGCUGGUGUAACCGAAGUGAAAUGGCUAGCUAGUUAGCGCGUGCUAAUAGCUUUUCAAACUUCACUCGCUCCGAGACUUGCUCUGCAUGGGUAACGCUGCCUCGAGGGUGGCUGUUGUGUUCCUGGUUCGAGCCCAGGUAGGGGCAAAGAGAGGGACGGAAGCUAUACAGUUACACUGGCAAUACUAAAGUGCCUAUAAGAACAUCCAAUAGUCAAAGGUUAAUGAAAUACAAAUGGUAUAGUCCUAUAAUAACUACAACCUAAAACUUCUUACCUGGGAAUAUUGAAGACUCAUGUUAAAAGGAACCACCAGCUUUCAUAUGUUCUCAUGUUCUGAGCAAGGAACUGAAACGUUAGCUAUUGCACUUUUACUUCUCCAACACUUUGCAUUAUUUUAAACCAAAUUGAACAUGUUUCAUUAUUUAUUUGAGGCUAAAUUGAUUUUAUUGAUGUAUUAUAUUAAGUUAAAAUAAUUGUUCAUUCAGUAUUGCUGUAAUUGUCAUUAUUACAAAUAAAUAAAAAUUGUCCGAUUUAAA